GCCCAGCCUCACCCCCUCUGGUGGCCAUCCUGGGCCCUAACUCCAGGGAAGGCAGCCGCCCUGCCCCUUGCAGCGGGAGCCAAUGGGAGCCUGGGGCUCCGCCCCCUGCACCGUCACCUCCAGAGAAUAUUUAGAAGCCGACCAGGACCGCGCUAGAGAAAGCUAGGGAAACGAAGGGAGUGCUGAGCGGUGGGCGGCCCCACCUCAAUCUGCAAACGGCAGCAGAUGCCAGGCGUAUGAGGCGGGCCUACUACAGUGCCGCCUCUACCAUGGGCCACCAGGUACCAGUACGUUGAGCCCGAGCAGAAGGGGGUGAGUCCCAGAGCUGCGACCUGCAGAGCAGCCCUAUCCCAUCCCUGAGUCGCUGCCAUGACCUGGCUGGUGCUGCCGGGUGCACUGCUGUGCAUGCUGUGCUUCGGGUUAGGCACCCCGGAUUCUAGAGGCUACCCGCCCCCUGCACUCCACGACUGCCCUUACAAAUGCGUCUGCGCUGCCGAUCUGCUGAGCUGUGCAGGCCUCGGGUUGCAGGACGUUCCGGCCACAUUACCUGCAGCUGCUGAAGACCUCGAUCUGAGCCACAACGCGCUCCGGCACCUCCGCCCUGGCUGGCUAGCGCCCCUCUCCCGGCUGCAGGCCCUGCACCUGAGCCACAACAAGCUGGAUGCACUGGGUCGGGGCAUCUUUAGCAACGCCAGCGGCCUGAGGCUGCUCGACCUGUCGGCUAAUGCCUUGCGGGCACUUGGCCGCCAUGACCUUGAUGGGCUGGAAACACUGGAGAUGCUGGUUCUGUAUAACAACCGUCUGGCAAACUUGGAUGAGCAUGCCUUCCACGGCCUGAGAGCUCUUCGCCACCUCUAUCUGAGCUACAACGAACUCACCUCUUUCUCUUUCAACCACCUGCACGGCCUGGGCACGACCCACCUGCGUACUCUGGAUCUCUCUUCCAACCGGCUGGGACUCAUCUCGGUCUCCCACCUGGCCACACUGCCCGCCUUCCUCAAGAACGGGCUCUACUUGCACAACAACCCGCUGCCCUGUGACUGCCACCUCUACCACCUGCUGCAGCGCUGGCACCAGAGAGGCCUGAGGGCCGUGUGCAAUUUUGCCCGAGAGUACAAAUGUCUGGCCUUCAAAGUACCCUCAUCUGGUGUGCGGUUCUUCGAGCACAGCCGAAUCUUUGAGAACUGCUCAGCAGCCCCGGCCAUGGACCUAGAGCCAUCCGAAGUGCAGCUACAGGCAAAGGUGGGUGAGUCCCUGAGGCUGUACUGCAACACCAGUGCUCCGGCUGUGAGCAUCGCCUGGGUCUCCCCGCAGCAUGAGCUGCUCCUGGCACCAGGAUCCCGUGAUGGCAGCAUCACAGUGCUGGCGGAUGGCAGCUUAGCCAUUGGCACUGUGCAGCAGCAGCACGCAGGCAUUUUUGUGUGCCUGGGCAUUGGGCCCCGCCUGCACCACAACCAGACGCUUGAAUACAAUGUCAGUGUGCACUUUCCACAUCUGGAGCCCGAGGCUUUCAACACUGGCUUCACCACACUGCUGGGCUGUGCUGUGGGCCUGGUGCUUGUGCUGGUCUACCUGUUUGUGCCACCCUGCCAUGGCUGCUGCCGCUGCUGCUGCCACCACCAGCUCUGCUGUGGCUGCCGCUGGCCCCAAGCACCCAGCCCACUCCAGGAGCUGAGUGUACAGUCCUCUGUGCUCAGCACUACACCCCCAGAUGCACCCAGCCGCAAGGCCAGUGUCCACAAGCACGUGGUCUUCCUAGAGCCCAGCAGGAGGGGCCUCAAUGGGCGCGUGCAGCUGGCAGUUGCUGAGGACUUCGAUCUCUGCAACCUUUCGGGCCUGCCACUUAAGGCUGGUUCUGAGUCUGCCAGCUCCAUAGGCUCAGAGGGGCUCAUGAUGACCUAGGCUGCCUAGGGCCUACCCUGCCCACGGCCCUCCUCCUGCUUGUCCUGCUCACUACUGCUGUCCAGAGGACUGCCGGAUGCUUGUGGGAAGCCCUGAACCUGAUCCCACAGUUCCUGUGUGGACCUUGACCUGAACCCAGGGGCCCUACUCACUGGUAGAGGAGUUGGGGUCCCUAGUUUGCCUUCUGCGCUGCCUAGCACAGGACCCCAAGGUCCUGGGGCCUGAUAGUGCCUGCUUCCCCUGGGACCUCCUAAGCCCAAAUGUCCCAUGAGGAUUGGGGACCAAGCCCACCUGGAAGACCCCUUGCAUUUAAAGUGUAUUCAGGAAUAUGGGCCCACAGAGGGAAAGAGAGGAGGGCUCAGAUUCAUGCCCUAUCCCAGGGCAGGAAGCAGCAGAGGAGAAAAUAAGCCCUCCCUCCUUCCCUUGGUGAAUGAAACAGAAUGCCCUCUGUCAACCAGCAUCCAACUCACUAAAAGCUUCAACCAUCAGUCUCGAGAGACCCCUGGAGGCGUGGAGUCCCAAUCAGUAUGGCCCUGGUCUCUCUGGCCAGAGGGAUCCAGCAGUCACUCUGAAGGCAGAGCCCAUCCCAAGGGCUCCCAACACAGAAGUAAAGAGCCUGGUGAGCAGGCCAAUCCAGGAGGGCUCACCCAAAACUUGAUGUCUCUCAAGGCAGAAGCUUAAGGGCUGGCACUGGUCUCACCCUAAUGGCUGAGGGACAGUGCUGGCUUUGUAUGCAUCUCACUGUAGUGGGGAGGGGAAGGGGGUCUGGGAGCCCCUCAAAUGUGGGGGCUGAGCUGGGAAUCACCAUGACUGUCCUAGCCCUACUGUUAAGGACUUUCCUAAUAAAGGCAGUAUGUGCUCAUUGCUGGACCCUUGAAGAUAACAGA